AUGUUUUCUGGAACAUUUAAAGCCUUGUUAAAAACAGUAACAAAUUGCAAAACUAAAAAUGAAAGUCAACCAUCUAAGGAACCCCUACGAUUUCGAAAAGUUAUAAGAACAGCACUAGCAGUAAGAAAAUUUCAAAAACUUGAAUCGGAUAAAUUCAAGCGAUCUAUCGAAUGUGAAUUUGAUAAAACAGUUGCAAUUAACCAAUUAAAAUGUUCUUACAAGCAAGGCAAAUUAUUUCAUUUAGAAGAAUCGAAGAAAUUUGCAUAUUACAUACGCAAGUUCACAAUUACAUUCGACGAAUUGGGACAUGUGCAUACAAAUCUGUUAAAUCAAUUCAGUAAAUAUUUGAAAGACUUAGAUGGUAAUGUUGAUGAACAAGUUCAAUAUUUUCUAUGCUUAUCGUUAAAAUAUUUAACUCGAAAUAGCGAACAAUUGAUAAAAGAAAUCCAAUAUUCUGAUGUCAUCGAUUGGAUAAAACGACGUAAAGAUGAGUCUGUUAAGAGUCAACUUGUUUAUACAUUGGUUUAUAUGACUGAAAAAUCAACAUUAGACAACGAAUUAAUUAAUGAACUAAGUAGUUUGAUGCUAAAUAGAUUUGAUAUAAAUGAAGAAGCAAAAGGUUUUUUAUUAACUCGAUUAGAAAUCAGUAAAAGUGUUGACCACAAUGAUCAGCUAAAAACUGAGCAUCGAUUUAAAUCAGCAGAUGCACUAAAAAAUCGAAACAGAAUGCUAAACAUGAAAACAACAUUAGAAAAAAUUAAUACUGUAAAUGAUACAAUUGACGAUGAUAGAUCAAUGUGGAGAAGUACUUGGGGAGAAUGUGUUAAUUUUUACUCAUUAGUAGUAUCACAAGGACAAGCAUUAAAAAGUGAUGAUAAAGAUAAUUAUUUACCAAAAAAAUUAUUUGACUGGCAUGUCUGCCUUAAUAAAAAUGACCUAUCACACAGACCUUUAAGAAUUAGAAGGAGAAACAAAGUUUAUUCAUUUUUUAUUAACAGAAUGAUUGUUGCUACAUUGCUUCGAGCAUCAAAAAAGCAACAAUUAAAUAGUGAUGCUAUCGAUAAACUAAUGAUGUGUGCAACUGACUUAGAUUCUUUUGUUUCAAUUGCAUUGCAUUGUAACGAUGAUAUGGUAGACUUAGUUGUUAAUGUCAUACAUGAUGAUUAUGAUGAAUUCAAGGGAUUAAACGAACCGGAUACAGCAACUAUUUUUAUUAAGAAAAUUAUGGACAAAACAAUCGAAGUUGUUCCAGAUCAAGGAUGGAAAAUUCAAAAAUGUUUAACAAAUUAUCAAGAAAAUGAUGUUAAAUUUGCAAAAUUAAUAUUUCAAAUAAUGAACAUAGCUGAUUCAACUAAUGAAAUUGAUUAUAAAGAAACGUUUGAAGCAUAUAUCGAUGUUUUAGUACGUGGAACACGUGGAAACCAAGAGAUGAUAAUUAAUUUUCUGAAUAAUCAAGCCAGAGAUGCAAGACGAAGUCAAGAAUUAUUUACUGAUGAAAUACUUUCGAAAUUAAUUGAUUUGUUAAAUAGUGACAUCUAUGAUACUCAAAUAAAAGAAGAUAUUAUCGAGAUAAUUAAUAAUUAUUUAGAACAUGAAACAAACAAGGCUUUGAGGGAUGAACAUUUGAAAUUAUUGAUUCAAUACGUUAAAGAUUCGAGUAAUUAA